AGGAGCUGGAGAAACGCCCUGGGAGAGUUCCACCUGGAACAGACGUCUCCUCAAUGAGCGCUGGUUUGCCGGGUGCGGGCCUCGAGCAGUACGAGGAGAGGCUUCGAAACUUGAAGGCCGACGCGCUGGAGAAGGAUGCUCGACUCCUCGACGCCGAAAAGAAGUUGGAUCACUUGGCCAAGGGCAUGGGUGCAGAGGCCAUUCUGGCGGAGAAUCGCCAGCUGGCGCGCGAGGCCUCCGAGAUGAAGCGACAGGUGGCGGAGGCCAAGCGGGAUUUGUCCGUCUACCUGUCCGAGGCGGCAAGCAUCGUCUAUGAGAACGACCUCCUCCGUGGUCUGGCCAACGUGAAGCCCGGGCAGCUGAAACUGCAAGACUUCAAGUUAAAGGACAAGGUGACCUCCGCCAAGGCGACGGCGGUCGCCAAGCACCUGGAGAAGGAGGUGGCGGACUUGGAGGCGGAGCGUACCAAGCUCAAGCUCCGUGUGCGACAGCUCUCUGAAUUGGCGGCCGAGAAGGUGUCCUUGUUGCAUGACUUGCAGCCUGAACAAAUGCUACAACUGGAGGAGAUCGCCGCGCGCAUGCGCCAAGGGAAGUUGGAGCUGCCUUUGGAUGAUCAAAGCCGCGUGUUGAAGGAAGAGCGCGAUGAGCUGAAGAAACGCUUGAGCAUGAAAGAUCAUGAAAUUGCCCAGCACAUUGACAGGAAAGUGGAUGAAGUGCUGCAGAAACAAGGAAAGACCAAAGACUUGGAAGUGAAGUUGGAAGCAAAGGAUGUGCGACGCUACUAGUAGCAAAGGGCAUCGCUACGAACAGAGCAAGGACGCUACGAACGGG